AUGGAUCUCUUGGACCCUUUGGCAAGAGUAGAACAUGCCCUCAAUCAAUCAACCAUGGCCGCGUCGAUAAGAGCUCUCAAUGGAGCUCCCGGAGAGGAACCCUACCGAUCCCCUUUGUCAGCAGGUUUAGCAAUCCCGAACUGGCUGUAUCGUCGCACCUUGUAUGUCCUCAUGCUCCAUCUUCGCAACUCAAAUGGCCCGCAGCUGCAACCUGCAAGACUGCUAUGGCUCAGAGACCGUCUCCAUCAGGAGACAGGCAUGCAGAUCGACGGGACUCUCAUGGUAGUGAUCGCUGGCGAGAUGCACGCUAUAUUGCGACCAUACGGCAAUCUCUCGACGCGGCUCCGAGCCGAUCUCGCGACCCGGCUUUCGGCCCUCACAGAGCUCGACGUUGCACCUGUACCUACACUCCAGGGCCCACGCCUUCCUCCUGUGGGAUCUCUUUCACCAGGUCAACACAUGAUGAUCCAUUAUCCAGUUGUUGACUGCGCCGAACUUAAUGAAUGGCAGCGUCAGGUCCGGCGUCACGGCCAGCCGACUCUCCUUGAACAAAUUAUUGCUCAACAGGUUCCCGCAGCACAGCCUCUUCUUGACCAGUUAUUUGGAAUACACCCCGUUGUAAGACAGGCUCUCGCUCAACAAUCUCUCGCACCACGACGUUUUGGGAGUCUGCCUCUUGGACAAGAGCAAUUUAGACCGGUACGACAUCCAGUGUUCUUUCCACCACCGCGUCUGCCGGCGCAGUACGGACGACUGCCGAAUAUGUUCACACAACCACUUUUCGAUCCACUGCAGAAACUGUAUGCAAUUCUCUUCGGUACACUUUGCUUUUCAAUACUCGCCACACCUCGAUAUCGAUUGCAGGCUGUACGAGCUCCCCAGAUCAACUAUGAUGCAGCAACCACCCACUCCCACCCGCACGUCGCCGCCCGAAAUCCCCCAGUUCGAGCAGAGGACGCGAUCCGUAACAUUAUCACAACGGAAAGAAAUAUCCGAACGGCAAGAGAUGGUAUACCGAGAGAUCGUUCUUUGUCUCCGCGCGAGCGACGAGUCAAUACCAGAAGCCAGCGUCUCAGCAGAGACUACCCAACUCGCGGAGGACCGUCUGAUGGCAACGAGCCACGACGUGGUCGUGGACCAGAAAGAAGAUCCUUCCGUCCGUCCGGCGUGCCAGCGUGCACCUUCCCACCAUCAUCCUCUCGCUCUCGCGAACGCCGAGAGUGGCUUGGUCGUGCUGCCGCCAACGAAUUGCGCAACAUUGGCGCGUCUCCUGGGUUCUAG